UGACGAUUCAGUGUGAAAACACACAACCCGCACGCACACAAAAGCGCAGAAACAGUUACGAAAGUGCCACUGCAACACCCACAACACCACACACGAACACGUGUUUCACCUGCCACAACACAGACAGAGAGCGUUGCUCCAUCCUUCCUUGUGGUUCAUUUCCACACUGCACCGCCCAGCCGUGAUCCACAAAGCCCCAGCCACCAAGCAGGCCGUUCUUCCUUCGACACUCAUCAUCAACCACCAUGCCCAAGAUCUUGCUGCUUGGCGCCGGGUUUGUCGCGGGCCCCUGCCUCGACUACCUGCUCCGCCGCGAUGACAACACCAUCACCGUCGCCUGUCGCACGCUAGAGAGGGCGCAGGAGCUUGCCGGCGACCGCCAGCGCACCGCCGCCAUUUCGCUCAACGUCAAGGACUCCGAGGCACUCGUCGCAGAGGUCCAGAAGCACGACAUUGUCAUCAGCCUCAUCCCGUACACGUACCAUCCGCUGGUGAUUGAGGCCGCCAUCAAGGUCAAGAAGCACUUUGUCUCCACCAGCUACGUCUCCCCCAAGAUGGCCUCCUUCGACCAGGCCGCCAAGGAUGCGGGUAUCACGGUGAUGAACGAGAUUGGUGUCGACCCAGGCAUCGACCACCUCUACGCCAAGAAGAUCAUCGACGAGGCACACGAGGAGGGCUCAAAGGUGCUUGAGUUUACGUCCUACUGCGGAGGGCUGCCUGCACCGGAGGCGAGCAACAACCCGCUCGGGUACAAGUUCAGCUGGAGCGCACGCGGCGUCCUCCUGGCUGCCGGCAACAGCUGCAAGUACUUUGAGCACGGCAAGAAGGUUGAGAUUGAGGCGCCGUAUGUGCUGAGCAAGGGCGUGCGCAACAUCAACAUCUACCCGGCCUUUGCCUUUGAGGGCUACCCAAACCGCGACAGCACCCCAUAUGAGGAGCGGUACAACAUCCCGGAGUGCCUGACCAUUCUCCGCGGCACGCUGCGCUACAAGGGCACGCCGCUGCUGGUACAGAGCCUCGCCCUCGUCGGCUUCCUCAACGACCACCCGCAGGACUACCUGCAGCCUACUGCCCCAGACAUGGCGUGGAAGGACGUCCUCGCCAAGAUGCUCGGUUGCACAAACGACGAAGCGUCGCUGGCCAAGGCUGCUGCCGAGCGGGCGGGCAUCCGGGACCACCCCGAGGAGCGCCGUAUCAUCUCCGCCAUGAAAUGGCUGGGCCUGUUCAGCGACGAUGUGUGUCCAAAGAAGGUGUCGCUGCUUGACUCGCUGGCGCACACGCUCGCAGACAAGUGCGCGUACCAGCCCGGGGAGCGCGACAUGAUCAUGAUGCAGCACAAGUUCCGCAUCCAGAAGAAGACCGGCGACGAGUACGUUGUUGCAAGCACGAUGCUUGAGUAUGGCAUUCCGUUUGGCGCAACGGCCAUGGCCCGCACUGUUGGCAUCCCCUGCGGCAUUGCUGUCCAGCUCAUCCUUGACGGCAAGAUCACGCGCAAGGGCGUGUUUGCGCCGAUGACCAAGGACAUUUACCAGCCGCUCAUUGCCGAGCUGGAGAAGGAAGGCAUCGGCUGCAAGGAGGAGUACCUCGACGAGUGGACACACUGACGUGCUGCAACUGUGCUUGUUUCUUGUUUGUGCGCGCAACUGUGUGCAGCUGUGUUUGUGCACGCCUGCAGUUGUGUUUGCACCUGUGUACGUGUGCGUGUGUGUGUGCGUGUGGCUACAACACUGCACAGCACAGGCACCCACCCUCCCCCCUUGACAUGCAUGCCCUUCUUUCUUUGUCGUUGCGUUGGUCUCUCAAUACAUAGCUCCAUCCACC